GGUAGUAGGAAGUGGCCCAAUGUGGGUGUGUCACUGAGUGCGGCACUCAAAGGUUUCUGCCUAUUUGGCUUUAUUUUAAAGCGAAGAAAAUACCGUUAUCGUAGCUGAAAUUAGUCCACAAGUCAUGCUGACCUUUCGCUCUGUGUGGACUCUGUGUGUCCUGGCGCUCCUGCUGCCGCUUGGAGUUCUGUCUCAGUUCGACUUCGAUCUGAAUGAUGCUUUGGAUGAUGGGAGCGUUAAGCCAUCAGCCUCUGUUAAACCAAAGCCAGAAGCACCAACUCGAGGAAUAGAACAAGCUACAGUAAGAACUACAACCAUCAAAGUCCCAGUAAAGGUCAAGCCAAAGCUCCCUACAAGCACUACAGCAUCAAAGAAGACCAAACCCAAGUCAACUGGACAAGAUUUUGAUCUGGCAGAUGCCUUGGAUCAAAACCAGAAGCCAGGAGGGGGAUUUUCUGACAGUGAUCUGGAGGGUGUGAGCAACGAUAACACCUACAAACCCGACAAAGGAAAAGGAGGUUAUAAAAAAGAAGACACCAGCCAGAGUUCCCAUGAUGAAAACAGUGAGGUCACUGCAGAGGCCGGCACCAUUGCAGGAAUUGUCAGUACCGUUGGCAUGGCGCUGGUGGGGGCCAUCACCAGCUACAUAAGCUACCAGAAGAAGAAAUUGUGCUUCAGUUUACAACAGAGCCUGAAUGUUGACAUUAAUAAGGCUGAAAUCCCAGAGGGAGUGGUGGCAACUGAACCUCAAGCACAACAGACGCUUUUGGAACAACCAAAGUCUGGACCACCUUGUGAUGAGAAUGCAGUUUAGGAGCCAGUCAGUCACUGAGUCAGUCACAUUUCAGCUGUCCUUUCAUCCACAUGUAGCGAACUAAGACAUAGACAUAGCAAAUUCCAAGUUUGUACCAUGUUCCAUGUUAUAGGCUUUGUAACGGCGCUUUUCUAAGCUAUAAACUCCUGUUUAUACUACUGAGCAUUUCAUGUUGUUAGAAGUAGAACCACUCAAAUUCAAAUCAGCAUCUCACAUGUGUGUGUGAAUUCCAUUUAGUGUUUUAAUGAGGUUUGCAUUAGAAAAAAUGCAUAUUUUGGAAUGUAGUCUGUAGAAAGUGAGUCUGUAGUUUGUCUCAGUGCUGACCAGUGAAUGACCAGCAGGUUCUGUAGUUUCUUCAGAGCUCAGAUCAGCGCCAUGCCUCGCUGAGUACAGAAACAUUUGUUUUAGAAUUUUUGAUGGUGGAAAUGAUUUCUUCCUGUUAAUCUCACAUUCUGACACGUGUAGCUAAAACUGCAAAACUACUUUAUUUAAAUUACUUUUGUUUAUUUCUCUUGCAAGUUUAGAAGUGUGUACCUGACUAGUGUUUUUACUAAAAUGUGACGAAUUUACUGGCUUUGCUGGAAGGGGUAGUUGGUAGCAAUGUUGCCUUGCAGCAAGAGAAGGUCCUUGUUUUGAAUCCUGGCCUAAACUCAAUUUACAAUUAUAUGAACAUAUUGUGACAUGCUGUAAAAUCGUCUCUUCUAAUCUGAAAAUGUGGUGCAGAAGGAAUUAAGAAAAGGUUUUAGAAAGGCUUAGAUAUGAGUUUACUCUUUUAUCUUAUACACUAAAAUCUGAAACUACUUCACACACUAUUGUCUUUGAGAUUCAGACAUUUUUGUUCUGACUGCAGUUAUGUGAAUAUUAGGAAAUGUCAGCACUACCACAGUCCCAGACCAGAUGGGAUGAGAUGUUUUCUUUAUAAGAUAUAAUAUGACCGUCACUCCUGGUCACAUGAUGACCUCUGUUCGCUCCACGCACCUGGAUUCAAGUCAACACACACACAACUCAUUUCUAAUUCUGGAAAUGUCACUUAGUGACCUUCACUUACUGCUUUGACCAAUUGUUACUCAAAA